AUGACAAACCAGAGCGGAGGCACUGGCAAUUUGUACAUUGUCCACGGAUUCAUUGGAGAAUUUCAAUUCCUCUCAAGAGAUGCAUCGAGGUCGAGAUCAAAGCUCAACCCGAGAACCUUCAAAUGCAAGACUUGCACCUAUACAACCACUAUAAAAGACGAUUUUUGGGAGCAUUUGCGGAUUCACAUCAAACCUGAGAAAAUACGCGCUUGUCCGAUGUGUAAUUUCGUGACACAACACAAGCAACAACACGAGUACCAUAUUCGAAAUCACAUGGGUUUAAAGCCCUUUAAAUGUGAUAAGUGCUCAUACAGCUGUGUCACUAAGUCAAUGCUCAAUACUCACAUGAAAUCACACUCAAGUGUCUUUCAAUAUAAUUGUGCUGACUGUGAUUAUGCCACUAAAUAUUUGUAUGCGCUCAGGAAUCAUCUGAGGAAGUUACAACACAAGCUGGGGAAGGUUUUGAAUCCUGAUGGGACAAUAAAUCCACAGCCUUUUAAGAGGGGACGAAAAACUAAGAAUACUGAGGUUGAUAGUCCACACGUUGCACAGAAUACGACAAACCGCAAGUUGAGGAUGAUAUACCCCAAAAUGAUGUCUUCGGAAGUGAUACCUGGACAGAUUUCACCUUGGAUUUCAGCAAUGUCGCCAAUCUCACCAAUGGGAAAUCCUGUAAAUGUGGGCGCUAUAAACAACACACUUGGAAUGAACAGAAUAAAUUUUCUUCCCUACAAUGUAACAUAUUUCAUAAAUACAAUGGCAGUGAAUGAAAAUGCCAUUAACAGCGGCCAGAUUCCGAGCGAGUCUCCUUUAAAUCUCAAAAUCCCAGAAGGAAAUUGUGUUCAGGGCAAAAAUAAGGAUAUUAUAAGGGUUCCUGAUAUCAUGAAACAUCGUGUACCAAACUAUGAAGUUUAUCAUGCAGAUGAAGAUGUUGCACCUCUAGACCUUAGCAUGUCUUCACAGGCAUUUCAUGGUAGUUGAAUCCGAUGAAGAGUAUAUAUAGUAUUUCCCUACAUUUAAUUGCAAUUCGAUUGUAUUUGUGUUCAUUGUCAUAUAACAUAAUAUUCAUAUAUAAGAUGCACGAAUCUGUGUUUCAUAUGAAUAUAAUAUUCCAAAGAUUAAAUAAAUACGUUUCUAAAUAAAUAUAAAUAAAAUUCAACAAAAAAAUGAUAUGGAAUACACAGGAAAUUCCAUUUAAGUGCGGUUUCUAGCGUGGUCCUAAAUUGAGUUCACUUAAAUCAAACACAACAUUCGCUCGCUUCGAGCAACUGGCCUGAGCACCGCCUCUCUCGGUCCUGCGGUUCGCACAUCGCCAAAAUGCCGAGAAUUCAAAUUCUAGGAACGAUUUGAAUGAGAGUUACUCGAAUGGGAUUCCCUGUUUAUAUAUUUAAAUACCAGUC